AAAGUACACUGUAAUAAUGUCAAAUUAAAAGUUCUACUCUAAAGUACAUUUUAAAUCAUUGUUUUAAUGUUUUUUAAUGAUUUUGUCUACUUUGAAGAAGUACUUAUUUUGAUGUGUUGACUAACUUACUAACUAUAAGCACGUGUAAAGUACUCGAUUACAAAUUUAACUGUGGUGAGUUUUUCAGUAUUACAUUUAAAUAUAUUUUAGAUAGGCUAUAUUGCAACUUUAUUAUAAAUGUGCGUCCUUGUUACACCUUACAUGUAGGGUACUUACUAUUUUAAUAACAAUAAAUAAAGCAUAAAUGCAUGCAAGUAAUACUAAGCCAAACCCUAAUCCUAACCCAUAUAGUAAUUACAUUUAUGCAUUUAGCAGACGCUUUUAUCCAAAGCGACUUACAUUGCAUUCAAGUUACAGUUUCUACAUUUUAUCAGCUCUUGCUUUCCCUGGGAAUCGAACCCAUGAUCUUGACGUUGCUAGCGCCAUGCUCUACUAUUUGAGCUACAGGAAAGCCUAGUAAUUACAUGUAGUUAAUUAAUAUUACUCAGUAUGUAUUAUUACACUGUAACAAGGACGCCGUAAAGUGUAAGUUAUCUGAGUGUAAGGUAUCUUCAUGUAUCUGUGUGCUAAGUGACUAAAUGUGAGUUUGAGCGCACAGCUGUGGAGAGAUGAGUCGUGUGUUUUCAUUGGGUUGCUGGUGUGUGUGUGUGUGUGUGUGUGCGUGCGUGUGUGUGGUGAGGCGAUAGGCGUGACUUGAGGCGCACAGAAAGCUCCAGCGCUGCCAGACUGUUGUCAUUCUCCACUCUCCACUCUCCAGCACUGCGUGCGCGGAUGACCCUCUCCACAGCAGCACCCAGAAGAAGGACAGACCUCCGCAGCGUCUCGCGUCAAGCGCAUUAUGCGUCUCCUCAGCUCUCCUCCUAACAUCUCCAGGCAGUAGAUCGCUCCUCGACUCCUCCAGCAGACGCGACCAUGGCUGAAGAGGACAGCACGAACUUCAGCGUGUUGAGCUGGGAGCAGGUCCAGCGGCUGGACCUCAUCCUGACCGAGAGCAUCCCGAUCCACGGCCGAGGAAACUUCCCCACGCUGCAGAUGAAGCCGCGGCGGAUCGUGACGGCGGUGCGGAGCCGCAUGCGGGAGCAGCGCAUCCAUGUGCGGGAUGUGCGUCUGAACGGAUCCGCCGCCAGCCACGUCCUGCAUGAGGACAGCGGGCUCGGCUAUAAGGACCUGGACCUCAUCUUCUGCGUGGACCUGAAGGGAGAGACGGAGUUUCAGAUCGUCAAGAACAUAGUGCUGGACUGUCUGCUGGACUUCUUACCUGAUGGGGUCAAUAAAGAGAAAAUCACACCGCUGACCUUGAAGGAAGCAUAUGUGCAGAAGAUGGUGAAAGUGUGCAAUGAUUCGGACCGCUGGAGUCUCAUCUCUCUCUCCAACAACCGGGGCAAAAACGUGGAGCUCAAGUUCGUGGACUCCUUGCGCCGGCAGUUUGAGUUUAGUGUCGAUUCUUUCCAGAUUAAGCUCGACUCUCUGCUGCUUUUCUACGAGUGCUCAGAGAACCCCAUGGCCAAAACGUUUCACCCCACCAUCAUCGGUGAGAGCGUGUAUGGAGACUUCGCCACGGCGCUGGACCACUUGCGCAACAAGGUGAUCUGCACGAGGAACCCCGAGGAGAUCCGAGGAGGCGGCCUCCUGAAGUACUGCCAUCUUCUGGUCAGGGGUUUCCGAGCCGCCUCCGAGUCGGAGAUGAAGUCUCUCCAGCGCUACAUGUGCUCCCGCUUCUUCAUCGACUUCUCGGACAUCAGCGAACAGCAGCGCAAGCUGGAGUCUUACCUCCAGAACCACUUUGUGGGCUUGGAGGACCGCAAGUACGAUUAUCUGACGACGCUGCACGGGGUAGUGAACGAGAGCACGGUGUGUCUGAUGGGACACGAGCGGCGGCAGACCCUUGGACUGAUCGCCAUGCUGGCGGUGCGCGUGUUGGCCGAGCAGAACGUCAUACCCAACGUGGCCAACGUCACUUGCUAUUACCAGCCUGCCCCUUAUGUUGCAGAUGGUAACUUUAGCAAUUAUUACAUUGCCCAAGUCCAGCCAGUCUUUACCUGCCAUCAGCAAACCUACUCCACAUGGCUGCCGUGCAACUGAACGCCAAAAAGAUGAGCUGAAUCAUUGCGUCUUUGAAUUUGUUUUGCAAUUGACCCUGAGUGUUACCGUCCACUUCCCCAAUGUGCAUCGAUGCUUGAGUGAAAUGAAUGGGGUUUGUCUGUUAUCUCAAAUGAGUUUGGAGGGCAACUUCUGCUCUGCCUUGCCUAAUUCUCGGCCGAUCUUGAGGUUUUACACUUGCUAACAGUUCUCAAGUGCGUUUCUGACUGGUUGACACGUUGAGUCCCAGUCGUUAGAUGCAUGAGAAGGGAAGUGCGAGGUUUUGGAAAGCUGCAGUUGCACCCUUUAGUCCAAAUGGAAACCGAUGUAUUGAUAAGAACCUUUUACAAAGAUUCUCUGAAUGAGGAGAAGAAGUCAAAAACCAACAAUUACAGUUUGUACAAACCAAAGAUUUUAAGAUUGUAUUUUUAUACUACCCAGACUAUCAAAUGAUGUGAUAGUGCUGUCUAUAUUUGUACAUGUGAAUGCAUUCAAAGUGCCUAACGUCAAUGCAGUAUGCUGAGGUGAGCAAAGCAACCUCAAAAUCGCGAAACACGACAAAGAGACUAAAAGCUUGUGAAUGUACAUGAUGUGUCCUGAUUUACAAAACAAGCGUAAGUGUCAUAUUUGUUUGCGGUUCAGUCUCUGUCUAUUAAUUGAACUCUUAAUUUAUUGUUUCUGGGCAGUGUCCACAGCUUUGAAAAGCCAUCUUUUAGUUCAGUCGACAUUUGCUUUACAGCAAACCGUGGUGAGAGUUGAAAGCACAUGCAGCCCGAAAACAAAGAAAACGCUUGUUUUGUGGGCGAGAGCGAAGUUUGUUUCCGGAAUUUCUAGAUGAAAGGUGUUUGCAGAAGCACCUCUGAUAGUGGGACGCUGUUUGCUGUAACAUCCAAGCAGGGAAUUCGACAGCUCCUGCUGAAGUAAAACCCACUGUGUUCCUGCUCUCCGGUCACAGCUGCUCCGCCGGCUUAUCCUGACCCCGCGUUCACCCCCUGUUAACAGAGUGUUAACCUGCUCUUGAUUAAUAGAGCUGUGGAAGGAAGCAGGCGGGGCCAUGGCAUAUAUGUUUAGACUUGACAAAGAAACUUGAGAGGAGAGGGAAGAGGAAAGCGAGAGUUUGAGGGAAAGCGAGACGCAG